UGUCUAAAAGUAAAAUAAAAUAAUAAUAAUAAAUAAAAAAGUAAAAAAAUGUAAAAGUUGUUUAAAAUGAAAAAGAAUCCAAAUUAAAUUGUGACAUCAGUCCUGGUGCUUCACAUAUUUAAACUUUCAAAUAUGUGAAUUUUUCCAAAGCAAGAUAUUCUUAUUAAUGUCAUGUGCACCAUGUUUGUGUGUAACGUGAACAGCAACAACAUUUUGAUGCAUUUUUAGUUUCUGUGCAGGAAAGUGUCGCGUGUCUGUUCCAAAGCUCAAACAUCAGGAAACGUCUCCAUCUGGUAGGAAAAAAGUAAAAAACCACAGUUCUGAAUCUGCAGAGGAGCGAAAUAAUGUCACACACGAGCAGAUCUCUUUUUAAAGUUGAGAAAGUUCGACGUGCAAGUCGACACAAGUCUGUUCGGAGCAUUUGUUGAUCCUGGAUGUGACUUUAUCUGAAACUGAUCUGAUGCUUCAGCAGUUUGAAUCAGAAAUAUUUAUAAUAAUAAUAAACUUUAUUCAUAAAGCACCUCUCAAACACAGUUACAAAGUGCUUUCUUGUAUAAACAGAACAUUUAAAACACAAACUAAAAUGGGGUAAAAUAUAAAUACAAUCACAGAAAAGCUUUUAAAAGUGUUUUUAAAUAUUGGAGUUUGCAGCCCCGACUAUAUCUAUUUAUUAUAAAUGUUAUUAUAUUUAUUAUAUACGUCCCUCUGCUGCACUGUGGAUGCCCCCUGCUGGUGUGACUGCUCAGCCGCUGGUAUAAGAAAGUCAAUCUUGUUUGGGACUUGGCAGCGUCUCCCCCCCUUCUUCUUGGUCUUCCUCCUCGUCAGGUUCAGUAGGCGUGAAGAUCACAAACAGCCAACAUGUCUGAUGCAAAGAAAAUGACGUCCAGCCGCAGGCAUCACCUGAAGAGUUUGAUGCUGCAGAUCGCCGCCGACUUGAUCGAGCAGGAGAACAAGGACCUCAUCGUGGCGAAGGAGACGUACAUGUCCGAGAACUGCCCCACCCCCGACCUCGCCGGAGAUCAGGCUAUCCUCAUGGAACUCUGCAAGAAGCUCUCCCAGAUCAUCGACAAGAUCGACGAGGAGAGGUACGACUUCGAGUCCAAAGUCAGCAAGAGCAACACAGAGAUUGACGAUCUGAAGAUUAAGGUGGUGGAGCUCACCGGAGUGAAGAAGCCCGCCCUGAAGAAAGUGCGUAUGUCCGCCGACGCCAUGCUGCAGGCUCUGCUGGGGGGGAAACACAAGGUGACCAUGGACCUGAGGGCCAACCUGAAGCAGGUCAAGAAGGAGGUCAAGGAGGAGUCGACGGAGGCGGGCGACUGGCGUAAGAACAUCGAGGAUAAGGCCGACAGGAAGAAGAUGUUUGAGACUACCUAAAAAGCUUCCUGGACGCCGGCAGGGGAGACGUCUCCGCCCGAGGUCUGAGUGUCUCUGUGGACGACAGCUGAGACACUUCUUUUGUUUUCAUUGUUUUUGUGAUACCCUCCCCCCCUCCGCCCCGAGAGACUGAUCCGACACAAAGUAACGUCAACAUGUACGCAGUUAAAACGUCUGAUGCAUUUCUAAAUGUACAGGUUUUCAUGAAGGCUUUAGAAAUAAAUGUUUUAAAAUCAGGA